AUGCCCGGAUCAUCGCUGUGGUUCCAGCGCAGCAGCCAUCCUGCGGCGACACAACGGCCUAUCAAGUACAACGAUCAAGGCAUAGUCGACAGCCUUACCGAAAAUAAUCUGACAAGUAUGUGGGCUAGCAGAAGGAUAGGGGAGGACGGCCAAUUGUAUGGAGUCCAUGUUCAGGGCACUGCUGGCAUCGGUCUCCCAACUACGGUGCUUGUCAAGAAGUUCCAGAACCUGAACCCAGCACUACUGGUGGAUGACAAUGUCAGGAACCGCUGCAAGUCGGAGAUGGUCCUAUUAGCCAGCAUCUGUCAUGACAACGUCAUCAAUGUCAUACACUUCAUCCAAAGGGAGGAAUCCAUCAUGCUCGUCUACGAGUACCCGGUGAACGGCAACGUUGACUAUUGGCUACACCGGCGGGAGGGGGGCGAGCAGCCGCUGAGUUGGCCACAAAGGAUGGGCAUUGCCAUUGGUGUGGCCCAAGGGCUCUGCCACUUGCACCACAAAUGCAACAGACCGACUGUCCACCACAACAUCAACUCUAACAAUAUCUUGCUUGAUCAGAAUUUCAAGGCCGUGAUAGCCAGCUUUGGCGCUGCGCAGAUGAACAUCGCCGGGCUUAACCAAACAUUGCCGAUCACGGAGAUUCCUGUUGGUAACUUUGGGUAUGUAGCUCCAGAGUAUGGUGUCGCAGCAAGCCAGCUGACAGAGAAGGCAGACAUUUACAGCUUCGGCGUGGUGCUGCUAGAGCUAGUCACAGGGAAGUUGGCAAAUGGAGCAGAUGGUCUAUUGGCGAUUUGGGCUCGGGACAACUGCAAUGAAUUGAUGGCAAACCAUCUGAAAAUGUUCAAGAUUGUCGUGGACAAGAGCAUCCCUGAUCAAGCACGGUACAUGGAAGAGAUGGCGACGGUGUUCAGGCUAGGUGUGGAUUGUACCGUUGGGGAUCCGAAGCAAAGGCCGUUCAUGCAGAUGGCUCUCAAACGACUCCGUCGCAGCCGUGGGCGUGGUCCAUUCCUUGGCCUCCUCAACCUAUACAUGGAUGUAGUCCAAGUGAAGGACAAAGUGGCAUGUGAGAUCAGCUCAGCGGAUGAACUGGCAUUGACAGAGCUUAUGUUCAGUGAUACUUUGAAGGAUGCUAUAGUAGAAAAAGAUGGUGGCUCUGCUUUCUUGCUUUUUUUGGCAACAAAAGCUUCAGGGUGCCCCAAAACCGUGGGGGCUAGAAAUAUUUUGUGGCUCGAGGAAGUAAAGGUGAUAGUAUCUUUGUGUUGGAAUGAGUUCAGUACCUGGGGAUACCAGGUGUCAGGUGAUAGUAUCUUAUUAUUUGUGUGGAAUGAGUUCCAGGUUAAUCUUGUAGUGCUACCUGGGGACAUCACAAGAGGCUCCAUGUAG